AUGGCCCAGUAUUUCUUUGACCUCCUCUACAAUUUCACGGAUUGCAUGUGCUGCUUUCCGAAUUCUCCGCAGCUGAAAAUCAACAACCGCAGCUUCAAGCUUCUCCGGCUCCUGGGCGAGGGCGGUUUUUCCUACGUUUAUCUUGUGCAAGACAAGGCGACGUCGGAAUUGUUCGCCCUGAAGAAGAUACGGUGUCCCUUCGGCCAAGAAUCAGUCGCUCAAGCGCUCAAGGAAGUCGAAGCGUACAAGCUCUUCGCACCCCAUCCUAAUAUCAUACGUGCUAUUGAUCACUGCGUGACGACGGAGUCGGGUUCGAAGUUCCGUCCAGAUGGUGAUGAGGCGAGUUCGAAGACUGUCUACAUCCUUCUUCCCUAUUAUCAGCGCGGGAACCUUCAAGAUGCGAUCAAUGCCAAUCUUGUCAACCACACGAAGUUCCCCGAGAAGAAAUUGAUAACUCUGAUGCUGGGAGUCGCAAAGGCACUCAAGGCUAUGCAUCAAUACCGGGUCAAGAGCGGCGCAGCGUCCACCCGCCAAGCAAAGGCAGUCAGAAGGGAGGGCGAAGAAGCAGAUGCGGAGAUAUCAAUGCCAAGGGGAAAGCCCAAGCGACGCUCUACCCGUCAGAUGGAUGAUGAUGUGGAACAAGAGCCGUUGAUGGAGGAUGAGGUGACCAGGAGCCAGGAAGGCGUUGCCGAAGGAGAACUGCGGCCCUACGCCCAUCGAGACAUCAAGCCCGGAUCAGGCAACAUCAUGAUCGCUGACGACGGUCGAACACCCAUUCUGAUGGAUCUGGGGUCCUUGGCCCCAAGUCCCAUAGCAAUAACAUCACGAUCUCUGGCAAUAGCCGUCCAGGAUACUGCCGCAGAGCACAGCACGAUGCCUUAUCGUGCGCCAGAGCUGUUUGAUGUCAAGACCGGGUCCAUCAUCGACACAAAGGUGGACAUCUGGUCGCUGGGCUGCACCUUGUAUGCAUGUCUCGUGGGAAAAAGCCCAUUCGAGGCGCGAAGUGAGGAGACGGGGGGUAGUUUGAGUAUGUGCGUUCUCGGCGGAGACUGGAGAUUUCCUGAUGAGAAGACUGGUGCCGCAAAGGGCAAGGGUAAAGCCGGUGCGCAAGGAGGUGCAGCUGCAUCCCAGGACAGCACCGAAGGGGGGAUUAGUGAGCCGGUUAAGGAGAUUGUCAGGAAGUGCCUCCAAGUCGAACCUGCGGACCGACCUGACAUUGAUGAGCUCAUCCAACUUCUGCAAAAUGCCAUCGACGUAUUGCCAGACGAUGAUGUGUCGGAUUAA